AUGGCCAAGGAUUUAAUGCUCACCGUCCUCAAAUCUGGCAAAACUGCUAAAGAGCUUUGGGAUCAUCUUAAGAAACUCUUUCAAGACAACAAAGGUAACCGCGCUGCGACUCUUGAACGUAAGUUUGUCAAUCUUAAGUUUAUUGAUUGCAAUAGUAUUGAUGAUUACUGCGAUAAGCUAAAAUCCCUGUCCGAUCGAUUACUUGAUCUUGACUUUCCCAUGGAUGACAAACGCCUUGUGAUCCAACUUGUCAACGGCCUUCCGGAGGAAUACAACACGGUAGCCUCUUUUAUCCAACAAUCAAUGCCGACGUUUGAUGCCGCUCGAUCCCAGCUGCGUACCGAAGAGAUUCGACGCUCCCAACAGCAAUCACAGUCUGCACCUAUGGCUCUUGCAGCGGCAGCUCCAACCACAGAUCGCAACAACCAGCGCUCACAGCGUGGUGGUCAUGCCAGACGUGGUGGUCAUC